GGGCACCCCCGGGGCAGGACCCAUGAGGAGUCAUAGAAGAUGCUCACAGCCUGGGCGCUUCUGCUCUUCUUAGCCAUGUGGGUGAGAAGCACCGCUGGUGGCCCUCUCUCCUUCAGACUAGCUGCCAUUCUUGAUGACCCUAUGGAGUGCAGUAGAGGAGAGCGUUUGGCCAUAACACUGGCCAAAGAAACCAUCAACAGGAGCACUAACCGCUCCACCACCGGCAAGCUGGAGGUGGACAUCUUUGAACUGUUGAGAGACAGUGAAUAUGAGAUGGGGGAAACAAUGUGCCAGAUUAUGUCGAAAGGGGUGGUAGCAGUCCUCGGUCCCUCUGCCAGUCCGGCCUCCAACUCCAUCAUCAGCAAUAUCUGUGGAGAGAAAGAGGUGCCCUAUGUCAAGGUGGCUCCAGAGGACAUUCUGAAGGUUCAGUUCCCUCGCUUCACCACUCUGGACAUGAGGCCGACCAACACGGACAUCAGCCUGGCUGUGGCCGGCCUUCUCACCUUCUUUAACAGCACCACCUCCUGCCUCAUCUGUGCACAGGCUGACUGCUUAUUGAACCUGGAGCAGCUCCUCAGGCAGUUCCUCAUCUCCAAGGAGACUUUAUCAGUGCGCAUGCUUGAUGACAGCAACGACCCUACCCCGCUCCUGAAGGAGAUACGAGAUGACAAGACUGCCACUAUUAUAGUCGAUGCCAACGCCACCAUGUCACAUAUCAUUUUGGAACGGGCAUCAGAGCUGGGGAUGCUGUCAGUCUACUACACUUACAUCUUCACCUCUCUGGAAUUCUCUCUACUUCGACUGGACGACGUGGUGGAGCAACAAGUCAACAUAGUUGGAUUUUCAGUCUUCAACCAAACUCAUCCCUACUUCCAGGAUUUUGUGCUAAGCCUCAACCGCUCCUGGCAAGAGAACUGUGACCAUGCACCCUUCGCUGGCACCCCACUCUCCUCAGCCCUGCUCUUUGAUGCAGUAUACGCGGUGGUGGCGGCCGUCCAGGAGCUGAACCGUAGCCAAAAUGUUGGCGCCACCCAGCUCUCCUGCAAGUCCUCCAAGAUUUGGGAGCACGGCACCAGCCUGAUGAAUUACCUGAGGAUGGUAGAAUUGGAAGGUCUAACGGGCCACAUUGAAUUCAACAGCAAAGGUCAGAGGUCUAACUACGUCCUGAGGAUCAUGCAGAACAGCAAAGAUGGCCUAAGGCAGAUUGGCCUGUGGCACUCUGAAGGUGGACUGUCCAUGGAGAGAAAGCUUCCAUCAAUCAACGUGACGGACACACUCUUCAACACUACUCUUACCAUCACGACAAUAUUAGAGAAUCCAUAUGUGAUGCUGCGGCCAAACCACCAAGAACUUGAGGGAAAUGAUCGCUACGAAGGCUUCUGUGUGGACAUGCUGAAAGAGCUAGCAGAUAUUCUCAAGUUCAAGUAUCGAAUCCGGUUGGUGGGGGACGGACUGUACGGGGUUCCUGGGGCCAACGGAUCGUGGACCGGCAUGGUGGGAGAGCUAAUCUCACGGAAAGCUGAUCUGGCAGUCGCAGGCCUCACCAUCACAGCAGAGCGUGAAAAGGUCAUCGACUUUUCCAAGCCCUACAUGACCCUCGGCAUCAGCAUUAUGUACCGCGUCCACCUGGGACGUAGGCCAGGCUACUUCUCCUUUCUGGAUCCCUUCUCCCCUGGUGUCUGGCUCUUCAUGCUUCUAGCAUACUUGGCUGUCAGCUGCGUCCUGUUUCUUGUAGCCAGAUUGACACCGUACGAGUGGUACAACCCCCACCCCUGUCUAAAGGGUCGCUGUAACCUGCUGAUCAACCAAUACUCACUUGGCAACAGUUUCUGGUUCCCUGUUGGCGGCUUCAUGCAGCAAGGAUCCACCAUUGCUCCCAGAGCUUUGUCCACACGUUGUGUCAGUGGAGUGUGGUGGGCCUUCACAUUAAUCAUCAUCUCAUCCUACACCGCCAACCUGGCUGCCUUCCUAACAGUCCAGAGGAUGGAGGUGCCAAUUGAGUCAGUCGACGACCUUGCAGAUCAGACGGCGAUAGAGUACGGCACCAUGCACGGAGGAUCCACUAUGACCUUCUUCCAGAACUCUCGCUACCAGACCUACCAGAGGAUGUGGAACUUCAUGCACUCAAAACAGCCCAGUGUUUUUGUAAAGAGCACGGAGGAGGGCAUCGCCCGUGUCCUCAACUCCAACUAUGCUUACCUGCUAGAGAGCACCAUGAACGAGUACUACCGUCAGAGGAACUGCAACCUGACUCAAAUUGGAGGACUGCUGGAUACGAAGGGCUAUGGCAUCGGCAUGCCACCGGGGUCUGUGUACCGUGAUGAGUUUGACCUGGCCAUCCUCAAAAUACAGGAAGACAAUCGUUUGGAAAUCCUCAAGAGGAAGUGGUGGGACGGUGGCAAGUGUCCAAAAGAGGAGGACCACCGUGCCAAAGGUCUGGGCAUGGAGAAUAUUGGCGGUAUCUUUGUGGUGCUGGUGUGUGGCCUGUUGGUGGCUAUCUUCAUGGCAGUGCUAGAAUUUGUCUGGAUGUUAAGACAGGCUCCAGGAAAUGAGCAGUCAGUGUGUGAGGAGAUGCUGCGGGAGCUCCACGGGAUCGUCCUGUGUCGCGACAGCCUGCAGGUGAGGCGCAGGCGGGCGGCUUCGACGCUGCGGCCGCGGCCCCUUCCCCUGGAGGAGCGUCGUGCUCGAGCAGCCGCUGUCAGCCUCAGCAACGGCAAGCUGUGCGGGGGGACCGGACUACCUGAGCCUCUCUCCCACAGACUGGCACAGGAGGCUGCCUUGGUUGCGAGAGGCUGCAGUCACAUUCGCAUUUGCCCCGAUUGCCGGCGCUUCCAGGGACUUAGGAUGCAUCCUGGAGGGGCCAUUGGGGCCCUCCCUUCUCCCACGCACAGUGAGGAGAGCAUAGAGUGGGACAAAACCACAAAUAGCAGUGAACCUGAAUAACGCCCGGCAAUCCCAGCAGGAAUGACAUUCACAGCAGCCACCUCUCUACUUUCCAGGGAUCACAGUUCACUUGGUAUUUUGAUUCAGCCAUGCAGAACUUGAUCUUAAAGGGCAUGGCAGUGCUGUGAACUUUCUGCCCAUGAGGCAGAAGCUAGUAGUUUUGGAGUCUCCUUGGGUGAAUGUUUUCCUCGGUCAUAGGAGAAACUGAUGAGUCUGUCAUUGUGGUCUGUCCCUGUUGGCCUUCUGUACUGUGUCAGACAGGACGGACAAAAAAGCUACGGGGCAUUUGUACUAUGCAGUAUUUUCAGUCAUUUGUCAUAGUGCUGUUUCUUUUUUUCCUUUUUAAGUUAUUUCUGUCCUCUGUUGGAUUAUCAGUACUGAAUAUUGUUAUUCUAUUGUUCUACAAGAAAACUUUAAACAAGUUCCUUUUUUUUAUCUGACAGUUAACUGUAUGAACGUAUAUUGCCUCUGAAGAGCUGCAAAGAUGAACAGACUAAUGCAAGAUCAUCCUCCAAAUCCUUUUAUUUUGAAAGUGCCAAAAACCAUGAGUAUUAUCUUGUGGCUGAAGAAAGCACCACAGCCUUGAGAAGACAACAAACUCAACUGAACCUACAAAACAAACACACAGAGACAGACACACGGACUUCUUUUAUAGUAGUGAUAUUCUAUUAAAAAAACGUUUUAACUGUUGGUAUCUCUGAAAGACAGCGAUGCAUGUCCAGCGAUGUUGGUCGGUGCUCAUUGAAUGAUAAAUGCUAAAGUGUUGGCUGAGAAGCUGAAGAAAUGAUUUCCUGUUUUGAAUACCUGUUAAAGGAAAUGAUGGCUACACACACAAUGGGCAUCCAUUAUUUCCCUCCUGACUUUUGUCUUGACAUUACUUUCUCCUCGAUCUGUUCUACAUCUUUGACACCAGUACAUGAA